AUGGAUGUGAAUGUGGACUGGGACUCUGCAAAUAACGCAGGUGACACAGGUGAGAAGCAUUCCCAUUACUCCAGAAGGACCAGUGAGCGGGUGGGCUGCACAUCCAGCCUCCAGAAAGGGGUAGAGAUGAGGAACUCGCAGACACACAGUCCUUGUGGACUUUCGGAUAAGCAGGAGCUUCCUGCAGAGUUGCAGUGUGAAGACACAGAAGCCUUUGAGACCGGUUACCAGAAGGAAGGUGAGAGUACAGCUGGCAUAUUUGUCCCCUCCAGUACCAACUGCAACCCGCAUUGUGAAGAUAAGGGUUUAGAGCACUCUUCCUCUGAGCGGUCCAAGAAACCAUGGAGAAGGCUACAUGAUGGUAAUGAAAACACCAUUGUUGCCGAUGCGUUUGGCGAGGACCUGGAGCCUGUCUCUGCGGAAGCUUUGCCAUGUCGGUGCAAGAAGUGCGGUUCCUCUUUCCAGGGUAGGAGUGAGCUGCAGGAACAUAAGCGAACUCACCUCGUGGAAAACUCCUACCGAUGUCCCGUCUGUGCCAAGGAGUUCUUCCGUGCGGCGAAUCUGCGAAUGCACAAGCUCAUUCAUUCUAGCGACAGGCCGCACAAAUGUCCGGAGUGUGACAAGGGUUUCAUUCGCACAGCUGACGUCUGGAGGCACCUACGCAACGUGCACAAGAUAGAGCGCUCCAUGGUGAUCUUGGGAACAGGCAUGGCUAGGAACCCCUGGUCCGUAGCGCACCGUAACCAGCACGCUGUUGAGUAUACUGAUCAGCCCUGUGCAGAAAACCAGAAGGCUGAGGAAGACGACUGUAAACCUUAUGCCUGUCCGACGUGCGGCAAAGGUUUCGAGAAGCCUAACCUGCUUUCCAAACAUAAGGUGAUCCACCGGCAAGACAAGCCCUAUAAGUGUCAGGAAUGUGGCAUGGCGUUCGUCCAGCUGCUCAGGCUGAAAAGACACCAGCAGACUCACUCUGGGGAGCGUCCCUUCUAUUGCGAGGAGUGUGGGGGGACGUUCACCCGGUUGGCAUCGCUCCAGCGCCAUCACCGCAUCCAUACG